AUGAGCACGUUACCACCAGACACUUGCCACUCACCAUUAAAAAGUAAAAAACAACAAUUUCGCAGCUCGAUAUACGAUAUUGAUAAUAGCAUAAAUAAUAUGAUAACACAAAUAUACAGUGCGCUCAUUUAUGAUCGAUAUGAACAAAUCAUUGUGGUUCUAUUGGGUCCGAAAUUGAGGAAUUCAUCGACCAUUCUGCGCCUUUUAGAAUUUUGCUGUUGGCUGUUACAUUCUGCGUCUGUUACCGUCUACCGGUUACCGAGUACUGGGCACCGGCGUCUGACGACCGGCUUUCGCGGCAGUUUACUUGAUCAAGUACUUUUAGUUUAGGGUUUACUCAGUUUACAC